AUGGUGCGCGUGCCCGGAUCUCUUGGGGACUCCGGAUUUCACCGGCUCGAUCCGGACUACCUGGACACGAUCGCGGACAAGGCCCAGAUCGUGAGGAAGAAGCUGAGAGCGACAGGCUUGGGCGACGAAGAUCCCAGACCGCCGGCGCUCGACUGGUCUGAGGCUGACCUGGAUCGUCAGUAUUACUUGAAGAAACUGCAAGAUUUUUUGCGUCAAGAUCCUGUCAUGGUGAUCGUGCGGCCAGAGCAGAUCGACGACCCGAAGGGCCCGAUUUCGGCCCCCAGAGUGACGGAUAACAAGCUGAUGGCGGUGAAGAACCUACUCGGGCUGUUGAAGGAAGCCGGCUUCGUGGCUGGCGCCUUUGAAGCGAACGAUCUUUUCGAUCAAGAUCUCGAUGUGACCCAGAUAGCGAUCCAGACAUUGGUCGACAAGUUGAGACCUUUCGUCGACGUGAUCGCGGACAGUCCGGACCUGAAGCGGAACAUGUAUCGGAUACGUCGUCCGAACCUCAACGGGAUGUCCCUCGGCCCUUCAGGAUCUGUGAUGUUGAACGCGCGAUCACGGAGUCAACGUCAGGAACGCAUGCAGUCAGGACCUCGGAAGCAGAAACCCAAGUCGACCGAUCGGACCACCAGUGCUACCGGAUCAGAUGCGUCGAAUGGCAGACUGGAGUCUUACUUUCAGGCUGCGAUAGCUCGAUUUCUGAAGGAACAACAGGCCACGGUGGUAACACCGACUUCAGUGGUCGAUGACAACGUUGGAUCGCGGGACGUGGAGAUGGAACCAGCCGGAUCGCCGGAUCAAGAUCCCUCUCAGUGGGAAUACGACCCGGACGACAUUGAUCUACCGAGUUCGGCCCCUGCUGCGGUGGCCACCGCUGCCUCAGGAUCCACUGGGUCCUCAUUGAUCCAGCGUGUACGGAUUUCGGCGAUGUCCGAUCUCAAGGAGUUCAGUGGCAAGAAUCAGGACGAAGAUCAGGCUACGGACGAAGAGAAGUGCUUGACCUUCGCUGAUCUACUGACGGGCCCGGCGAAGAACUGGUACCGCCAGCUGGGCCGAUCGACGCGGAAUAAGUGGAGCGAUCUACUCCGGAGUUUCCAGAUCCAGUAUUGUGGCCUGGGAGUAUCGGUCGCUUGGCAGUAUUAUCAUUCUCGCAAGAGAUCGGAUGAAUCGCCGUUGGAGUACCUCUAUCGACUGAAUGUGGCGGCUCCACGUGCAAGAUUGAAGAUCAAGGACGGGGAUUCCAAGGCCCGCCGAGAACAUGUCGAACACUUUAUCGAGACACUGGGCGAUCCGGAACUGGCCGAUCAGCUCACCUUACUCCGGCUUGCGGACGCGGACGAUCUGGAGGAAGUCCUGCGCGCUCGAGAGCGCGCGAAGAGCAGACAGAAGCGAUCCGCCUUUGGAUCGAAGUAUUGUCAGAAAGUUCCGACCUCAGCACCAGCUGCUGCAACCAAGCGGGCA